CAAAAGUUGCAGGCCUCCUUCACAUCAUUAAAUACACCGACGGAGCCACGCCUUGGAAGCUAAUAUCGGCCCUCACCCACAGAAGCUUCGCGUUGCAAGAGGGUAACAUUCUGAUCCGACUGCGCGCACGAGAUUCACCCAAGAUGCAGAGCCAUGACAGAAUCACAGCAGUGCAUGCUGUGUUUGCAUGCAUCGUCGUCCUCUUCCUCCUGCCCUCCACCAUAAUCAUGACGCGGGUUCAAAGGAGCUCGCCCGGUUGGCUGCGGCUACACCGCCUGUUGAACGGCAUCACCGUUGCCCUCAUCAUCCUCAUUUUCGGACUAGGAAUGGCAGCCGUAGGCACGCAAGGUGAUGGGACUCAAUUUAGUGGCGACGAAAGCGACUUGCAUCACAAGCUCGGCUUGGUCAUCUUUAUCCUUGUCCUGUUACAAGCGCUGCUCGGCAUCGCUGCACAUCAGACCACUACUUCUGGGGGGGAACUGGGUUCUCUCUUCAUGGGACGCAAGCAAUGGGUGCGAUGUGUCCACUUCUGCGUCGGCAUCAUCAUAGCCGGCUUGUUGUACUGGAUCACAUGGAACGGCCUGCAUACCGAGUGGGUUGCCAUGAGCACGGAAGAGACCAGCACUCCAGAGGCCGUGCAGGUGCUUUUCUGGAUCAUCUUCAUCCCACCAGUUGCUUUCUACCUCGUCAGGCUAGGCUCCAGUACCCUAAGGUCGAUGGAAGGCGAACAACAACCAAUCAUGCUUGGGGGCAAAGAGGGAUUCAGCGAGGCGUGCGACUGCUAGGCGGUGCCAUGCAAGAUUCAGUCGAAG